UCAACGUUAUUUUUGCUUCCAAUCGUCACGUUUCAGAUCUUCAUUAAGCGUGUUAUCAAAAUUUAUGUUUUUACUGUCAGUUCGGGUCACAACAUUAUGGCAACUACCUUUGCCAGUUUAAGUGAAAUUUUAAACAUGGAUUUAACGCCACCGAUAAAUAGAGAUUUAGCUGCUUUAAGUCGAGGAAAAAUGGAAAAAGAAGAUUCUAUAUGCUCGGACUAUAGCUUAUCUGAUAUUGAGGAUGGAUUGGAAAUAGAGUCGUCCGAUUUAAAUCUAGACGUCGACGAAAUUUUGGGUACAAAAACGCUGUCAAGCGGCCUCGAUUUUAAGAACGAUAAAUAUACAAAGGGCGUGCCGCCUAAUCAGAUCGGGCGUUGGUCAGAUUCCAGCGGAAUAUCCCUACAGGAUUCUCCCGUGUCAACCAUGGUACGCUCACCGAGGCAGUCUUGCGUGUUUCACUCGCCUAAUAAAUCGCCAGCGAUACUGUUCCCUAAAAUAGAACUGACUGGGUCGGAAUUACGAAUGAAUGCUAAUACGACGACAGAAAAGACUGGUAUAACAAAGAUGAUUGAUAUGUUUGAAGACGAAACAACUUCGAGCGGGAAUCUGAAAGUUUCAAAUGAAACGAAUUUCAAACGACAUCACUCAGAGCCAAGCGACGAAUACCAUAUUGAUGCUGAUCAAAAAACCUUACAUGUUACUCGAAAACACAUGCCUUUAAAACGGGAGAGAAGUGUGAGCCAGGGAGAUCCAAGUGGUGCUUCAUCAUCUGACAAGAACAAUAAUAAUAAUGAAAUUCCAACGUUUAAUACUCUGUCUAAUAAGCCUACUCAUCGUAUCGCCGGGAAUCCUACAUCAGCUCAGUGGAAGCUAUACAAUAUAGCAAUGGAAACGUAUCGUAAAUCAGCAGAGAAAAAUGGCCCACAAAGAUUAAGGACAAGCUCAGACGCAUCAGAAAACACAGAUGAAGGCUCGGGAUUUAAAGUGAUACCUGUUAGUAAAACAUCUUCUCACGUCUCUUUACCCAGAAGUAGUGGGGUUGUAAGCUUAUCUGGUUCUUCCGUUGGAACAGAAGCAAUUUCUGGUGUUGAAAAUAAAUCAGAACAAUCGUUUGGUCCAAUUUGUCCUGCAGAUCAACAAAAACCAUCAUCUCCUAUGCAUAAUGCAUUGGAUUAUAAAACAAUUUUACGAAGAACUCGGAGCAAACGACAAGCUUCGAGAACGCUCGUAAAUCCAAUUAUUCUUCAAGAUAUUCAGGAUAAUAUUUAUUCUGAUGAUGAAAACCCAGACACUGUAACAGAUAUUGAUUCUUUCUUAUGUUUCGAUUCUGAAGAAAGCAAUUCAAAAAAAGACUUUCAACCUUCAUCUCCUCAACUCAAAAUUGAUUCGACUGAUGGUGAUGUCAUGAAAAGAAGUAGCUUGGGUCGAACAGCCUGUAAAGUUGAAUCAAAAACGCCUGAAGUAAUUGUUUGGUCAGGCUUGAAAGUUCUAGCAGAGAAAAAGAAGCUCAGCUUACAGGCUGCUAAGAGUAAUGUACUCACUCGAUUACAGAAAAUGAGUUUAAAAAGCGGUUCUGUGUUUUCUGCAUUCGAAAACGAACAAAAGGAAUACAAUUUACGUAAAAACGCAAUCAUAACGAAGCGCAAUAAAUCUGUUAUUCACCAUCCUACACAGAAUUAUAUUUAUCUUGAUCCAGCUUCCCAUAAUGGUUGUAAUAUGACGUCAUCAUUCGGACAAUAUCACACUGUCGCCAGUCCCGCAAGGUUAGCUAGAAUGCGAAAAAAGAGUUUAGCAGAUUGUCAAGUAUCUGCUUCAACAAAUCGGCAAUUUUGGCAACUUGAAGAAAUACGAAAUACAUCAAACGAUACAAAGAUUUCUAGAAGUAAAGCUUGGAAAGAAAAGAAAAGCAUGUCUGUUGCUUGCAAUAACCAACAGACAGUGGUGAAUUCAGAUCAUUUACACGAAGAUGCGAGAAUGAAUAAAAGAUUAAGUGUAUCUCUAUCUGAUUUAACUAUCUGCCCCGAAAAUAAAUCUUUUAUGCCAAAUAACACUAGCGUCAAUAACAAUAAUAAUUUUUUACAAUUGCCAAAGCAAUCUCCAUUAAGACGAGGGAAAGACCAAGCAAAUUCAAUGAAAAGACCUGAUAAUCUUGUAAUUGACUUGAACAAUGGAACUUGUAACAUCUCAAAAUCUUCAGCAAAUAGAAGGCUAUCUACAAGACUCUCAAACAAUCGUAAUCCUCCGAAAUUAUCGAUGCCAAAAAAUUUUAAUAUUAAUAUUUCCCCUGUCAUGGGUAAAAAGAAACUUCAAAAACAGUUGCCUGGUAUUGAAGAGAACAGUGUUUUACCUAAUAAACAAAAAGAACUAUCCUCGAGUAUUGAAACUGAUUUAAAUACUUUCAGACAGUCGCCAAAGCAUAAAGACAAAUUAAAACUUACUAAAAAGAAGUCGUACACUUUUGCUUCUGAUCCUUUCGAAGGAGCUUUGAGUGAAGAUAUGUCAAAAUUAGACUGGAACAUUGAAGAAUAUUUCUCUUUUCUGUCUGGGAAAAAAUCGAAAACAAAUUCACCAUGUUCAGAAAAUUCUGUUACUUUACUUUCCGUUAACAAAUCAACACAGGAUUUUGAAGUUGAUAAAGUUGAACCAUUAUCUUACAACCCAAUUUUUGAAAAUCUCACUGAGUCCUCGCCAGAGAAAAAAACAGACACAGUAAAACGAAGGCGAAGGAAAAACAACGAGUCAAAUAAUAUACCGUCGUACAUACCAGACUAUAUGAAGCCUGCUUACAGAAAUGCUCUUCAGCAAAGCAAUGCCCGUUAUCAGCUAAAUAUUCUUGAUAAAUCUGGUCCUGAUGAAAACACUUUCCAAAGUAUGGAGACAUUUAUAAAAAGACCUUCGGUGCAAAAAUGCAGGCGAAACUCUGUGGUCGGCCAAUCAAGAACAUGGAGCGGACGUGUAUCAGAACGAAAUAAAACUAAAUCCAAAGUGAAAUUUGGAUCUCUAUCAAUAGCAAGGCUAUUGAAAGCUAACAGAUUAAAAUUAACAAUAGCUAAAAUGCAAAGGCCUCCUCCACCUUCAUCACCGAGACCUACAGCAGCCCCUCAGAACCAGAACCAUGUCCAAUCGUCCAAUCAACCUGGACAUAAUUCGAAUCUUUCCUUGUCUACUACCAAUAUCAAGGGUGGAAUGAUGCAGGAAGAAUCGAAGAAAGACAAGAAAAAGAAGAAGGGAAAGAAAGGAAAAUUAACGAAAGCAGAUAUCAGUCAACCACAAGAUUUCAAGCAUGUUGGCCACGUUGGAUGGGAUCCUAACAAAGGAUUUGAUAUGAAUGAAGUUGAUCCAGCAUUGAAGGAUUUAUUCACUCAUGCUGGAAUCAGUGAAACACAGUUGCAAGACAAAGAAACUGCACAAUUUAUUUAUGAUUUCAUUGAAAAACGUGGUGGAAUGGAUGCCAUCAAGCAGCAAACACGAACUGGACCACCACCACCCCCACCCUCUCGUGGUGGGGGUAGAGGUUCUGCACCCCCACCGCCACCAUCCAGAGGAGGUCCACCACCCCCUCCGCCAAGUCGAAAUCAGGGCCCCCCACCCCUCCAUCAAGGGGUUAUAAUCCACCCUCUCAUCGUUCUGAACUGCCCCCUCCCCCACCCAGUAAUAGGGGUCGAGGAGCACCACCUCCACCACCUAUGGGGGCACCUCCACCACCCAUGAGUGCGCCCUAUCCACCAAUGGGCGGCGCCCCACCGCCACCUCCUCCACCACCCCCGGCACCAAUGGCACCACCACCCCCUCCUAUGCCCACUGGCGGAGGUUCCGACCGCUCCGAUUUGCUCUCAGCAAUUC